AUGUAAAAAAAUAAAACAUGUAAAAUCAGAUUAUUAUAACGUGUUAAUUCUCGGAAAGAGAAAGAGAUAUGAACAGGAUCUCAUGAGAGCAUUGAGGAAUGACUCAGACAUUUUUUUCUCCCUUUUUUUGAGACAGGGUCUCACUAUGUAUGUAGUUCAGGCUGUCCUUAAAAUCACUAUAUGGCCCAGACUGGCUUCCAACUCCAGGCGACCCUCGUGCCUCAGCCUCCUGAGUGCUGGGACUAUAGGUGUGCGGCACCAUGCCUGGCUAGACAUGUUUGAUCUAAGUGGUUUACCCUAGGAGGCUGAGGCAGGAGGAUCACCAUGAGUUCAAGGGUAGCCUGGGCUACAUAGUGAGACCUUAUCUAAAAAAAAAAAGCUGAUUACAGAUGAACUUCAGGUGCUGAAGAGCAGGCAGGAGCUUUUUGAGUUGAGAAAGUGGGAAGAGGGGGGGCCGGGGAUUUAGCUCAGUGGUUCUGCUGCCUGCCUCACAGGUGCAAGGUCCUGAGUUUGAACCCCGGUACCAAAGAAGAAAAAAUGGGAAGAGGAAUGUUUCAGGCCGAGGAAACCACUGAUGCAGUUUUAACUGUGGGAGAUGCUUAGGAUGUGUGAAGCUCUGUGUUCCAUCCUUGGCACUACCAAAAAUCAAAAACAGCAGUUAAAAAAACGAAUGAAUGAAUGCAUGAAAGAGGAAAAAGAAAAAGAAAGAACAUCCAUGAGGACCAAGGAGAGUAAAGAGAUUAAAAAUUGUCCAUUGAAUGAAAAAAAAUUCUUAAAGUUGGAUAUACUCCAAGGAAAAAACCCAAAUGUUUUUCUAUUUUGCCUAAACACGAAAUUUAAUCUAGAAUUUCUACAGAAGCUCUGUGCCCAUCACAAUGUUUUGGAAGUUUGACUUGAAUACCACAUCCCAUGUUGACAAGCUGCUGGACAAGGAGCAUGUGACACUGCAGGAGUUAAUGGAUGAAGAUGACAUCCUGCAGGAAUGUAAGGCUCAGAACCGGAAGCUGCUGGACUUUCUGUGCAGGCCGCAGUGUAUGGAGGAGCUGGUGAACCUCAUCACACAGGACCCACCCUUGGACAUGGAAGAGAAGGUCCGCUUCAAAUACCCAAACACAGCCUGUGAGCUUCUGACUUGUGAUGUGCCACAGAUCAGCGACAGACUAGGUGGGGAUGAGAGUCUGCUGAACCUUCUGUAUGACUUCCUGGACCAAGAGCCACCACUCAACCCUCUGCUUGCUAGUUUUUUCAGCAAGACCAUUGGCAGUCUCAUUGCAAGAAAAACUGAACAGGUGAUUAUGUUCUUGAAGAAGAAGGACAAGUUCAUCAGCCUGGUGCUGAAGCACAUGGGCACCUCGGCACUCAUGGACUUGCUGCUGCGCCUGGUCAGCUGUGUGGAGCCUAUGGGGCUCCGGCAGGAGGUCCUGCACUGGCUUAAUGAAGAGAAAACCAUCCAGAGACUUGUGGAAUUGAUCCAUCCACAUCAGGAUGAAGACAAGCAGUCGAAUGCUUCUCAGGCACUCUGCGACAUAGUCAGGCUGAGCAGAGACCAGGGAAGUCAGCUACAAGAGACUCUGGAGCCAGACCCCCUCCUUACAGAACUGGAGUCGCAGGACUGUGUGGAGCAGCUUCUAAAGAACAUGUUUGACGGAGACCAGACAGAGAGCUGCCUGGUCAGCGGAAUGCAGGUGCUGCUUGCCUUGCUGGAGCCACGGCGGGCUGGGACAGAGGGUUUGGUGGACUCCUUUUCUCAGGGACUGGAAGGGUCACACACUGUCAGCAGCAGUGUCCUGAAUGGCAUUGAGCCACGGCUGAAGGACUUCCACCAGCUCCUUCUCAACCCACCGAAGAAGAAAGCGAUCCUGACCACCAUUGGAGUGCUGGAGGAGCCACUGGGAAACACCCGUCUGCAUGGCGCUCGCCUCAUGGCUGCGCUGCUGUACACAAACACACCCACCAUCAAUCAGGAGCUCUGUCGGCUGAACACCAUGGACUUGCUGCUGGACUUGUUUUUUAAGUACACCUGGAAUAACUUUUUGCACUUCCAAGUGGAACUAUGCAUAGCCGCUAUUCUCUCCCAUGCUGCCCGGGAGGAGAGGGCAGAGGCCGCUGGAUCCAAGAGGAGGGUGGAGCCUCCACAGGGAAUCAGGAACGGGAAUAGGGGCCUGGAGACCCCCCAGCCUGUCGCCAGCCUCCCUGAAAACACAAUGGUGACCCACCUGUUCCAGAAGUGCUGCCUGGUACAGAGGAUCCUGGAGGCCUGGGAAGCCAAUGACCACACACAGGCAGCCGGUGGCAUGAGGUGUGGGAAUAUGGGCCACCUCACACGGAUCGCCAACGCAGUGGUGCAGAACCUGGAGCAGGGCCCUGUACAGACCCACAUCAGCGAGAUCAUCCAAGGGCUCCCUGCAGAUUGCCGUGGACGCUGGGAGAGCUUCGUAGAGGAGACACUGACUGAGACCAACCGGAGGAACACCGUGGACCUGGUGAGCACUCACCACCUUCACUCCUCAAGUGAGGACGAGGACAUUGAGGGUGCUUUCCCUAACGAGCUGUCCCUUCAGCAGGCAUUCUCUGAGUACCAGAUCCAGCAGAUGACAGCCCACUUCGUGGAUCAGUUUGGCUUCAAUGACGAGGAGUUUGCAGACCAGGAUGACAGCAUCAAUGCCCCAUUUGAUAGGAUCGCAGAGAUCAACUUCAACAUCGAUGCAGAUCCAGACAGCCCCAGCGCAGCUCUAUUUGAAGCCUGUUGUAGUGACCGAAUCCAGCCCUUUGAUGAUGAGGAAGAGGACAUCUGGGAGGAUGAGGAAACUCGAAGCACUGCCCGGGUGAUGGCCAGAGCCAGGUUUGGAGCUCCGCACUGCUCAGAAAGCUGCUCUAAGAAUGGCCUGGAGCAUCGAGGCCAGGACAGGAAGGCAGACUCAGAGGCAGACAGCAACAAACCUGGAGCAGCAACCCCCCUGGCCCUUUUGCAAAAUGAAGGCUUCUCCUCAGAAGUUAACUCAGAAGGUGCUACAUGGACAGCAGUCUUUGAUGAGCCAGUGAACCCAACAGCCCCAGUCCCAGGAGCUGCGAGGGAUGUGGGUUCUAGUGUGUGGGUAGCUGGCGUCUCGGCCCCAGAGGAGAAAGGCUGGGCCAAGUUCACUGACUUCCAGCCUUUUUGCUGCUCCGAGUCAGGGCCCAGGUGCAGCUCUCCCGUGGACACAGACCACAGCCAUGCUGAGAGUGGCCAGACCCCUGGCCCAGAGAAAGCCUUCACUUCGGCCUCCCCUUGUGCCUGGAAUGCGUGUGUCGCCAGGAAGGCCCCCCUGGUGGCCUCCGACAGCAGCUCCUCUGGGGGCUCUGACAGUGAGGAUGAGGAAAAGGCGGCUGGCACUGUGGAAACUGUGAGCUCAGGCCCUGGCCAGGAGGCGCCCCCACCACCCAGAAUGGAGGAUGCUGCUGGCAGGGCUGAGUAUGUGGACAGCAGCACACCACCAGACCCCGCCUGCCCUGUGCCCUCAAAAGUGACCUCUGCCCUGGCCAUGGCUGUGUCCCCAGAGGCCACCAUGGCCACCCCAGCACUGGACAAGGCAAGUCCUCCCACAGCCACCCCAGCAGUGUCCACAGCAGUGGUUGUAGCCAUCCCUGCAGGGCCCAUCAUGGAGGUCACAACAGUCCCAGCCACAGUGGCUGCCCUAGGGACUGUGACAAAGGACAGGGAGACUGAUGCCCCGCCAGAAGGAGCUGCCUUAAAUGGUCCUGUGUAACGCUGCUGCCACCAGCCAUGGCUACCCUGGUCAGGCUGCAUCCUUAAUCAGAAAACUACCUGGUGAUACAAUUCGGUUUUUUUAUUUAAUUUUAAAAUAAAUGCUGCAUUGGUAAAGCUGGCAGUUGGAACCAGUUGGAUGACCAAAGCUUGCUUCUCUGCUGCCUGGCCAAGCCACUCAGUGCUGCUCAAGGACAGAGGAUGCACCUGGCUGCCCCCCAGGCCCAGGCUGCACCACGGCAAUAAAGUCUCAGAAGUUUGACCUCUGUCUGCCACAGUCAGGGCGGCCUAGACCCCCUGAGAUGCUACCAGGACCUGAUGGGCAAGAAGGGCAUGGACUCCGAGGCGUGGUUCUGAUAAUUUUUAACACAUGCAGGAAGAGCUGAGAUUUUUGCACUUUGUACCCAGCUACAGCACAGGGUCCCCGCUGGCUCAGGGCAGUGGGGAGGGCCUGGGUUGGGGAUACCUGACCCCCAUAAAUGCACAUGGGUUAGUAGCUGCUUUGGCCAUGUGGGGUCAGACCUCAGGGUCGUAGUCACCUGGUGGGCCUGGGAGCUGGUGUUGAACCAGCAUGCAAAUUCUGACUGCCUUAAAAACCCUCUGGGGCUGGUGGGCAUGUCCAUGUGUCCAGAGGGGCCUGUGAGCAUUGCCAGGUGGAUGGUCAGGUGCCCGGCAGGAGCUGACCUGAGGAAGCAGGAGCAGCCCAGUGGGGCACUGGGGGUGCCAGGCUGGGCUCUUGUCCUGGGAGUCUUAAGAGUCCUUGACCUGAGUCUUUUAAUGUUCUGAGGUCAUUUGACAGGGCACCCCAAAACCUCCACCCCAAUAAAAGCUGUACCCUUGACAAA